AUGUUUCUUAAUAUAGUAGUAUUGUUUGUGCUUAUUGUGGUGGUAAGUGCCCCAGCAUUGUUAACGAAUUCCUUCAGAAAGCAGAAGAUGACAUUGAAAUCGAAGAACCCGUGGAGACCAUGGAAGAUAAAAUACGGAUUCUGGAUGACAAAUGGCAAAAUAGGAUGGGACUGCAGGUGGCCUAUCUGAGGGAGAGAAUUGAGAAACUCGAAAAUGCCGUAAUAACUAAUUUUCUUGACUUUCGUAAAUCGUGUUUCAGAUCUCUUCUUUGAACGAUGUCAUGCUGUCUGACUGGAUCAAUGUCGACAAAGAGCAUUUCAAACUUUUCGACCGAAAUUUAGAUUGGAACGAAGCACAGGUACAGUAAAUGAAAUUUUUGUCAGCAAUAUAAAUUUUCAGGUAUUUUGUCGUUUACGAAACGCCCAAUUGGUGAAUAUCGAUGACCCGGAAAAGAACAAGAUGAUGACAGGUGUGUUUGCCUUCAAACUCUAAUAAUACUCUUCAGACCUACUUCGAAACGGUGAUCCUUCGAUUACUGAAGCCUGGAUUGCACUCAAAGCUCAAACAGUAAUGGAAACGAAACAGAAUCAAUAUGAAAACUUUACGAAAAGAGGGUUACUGGAAGGGUGUACGGUGGUUGAUGUGCAGGGAAAAUGGAAGAUACGGCCAUGCACCAAAGCCAAACCGUUUAUCUGCGAAAAACUCAACACUAUGCACAUUUAA